AUGUCUCCCCACGCCAUCCGGCCAGAGACCUUGGGCCUGGAGCAGACGGACCUGUCUAAAUUUGCCGUCUCGAGACAUGCCUUUCUCCCCGAGGACAGCCCCCCUAAGAUGCUGUCGGACUCAUAUUACGAACCGUGGGAACUUGUUGCUCAUAAUCUGCCAGAGCUGAUCCAGGCUGGCCGUAUCCAUGAUGCCAUCAACGAACUUCCGAUUCUGUCGACUGACGGCCUCAAGUCCGAACCUGAGUGGCGGAGAGCCUAUGUUAUCCUGUCUUUCUUCGCACACGCAUACAUCUGGGGUGGAGAUGUACCUCAACAGAUCCUGCCGCCCUCGGUGACUGUUCCGUAUCUUCGUGUCUCCGCUCAUCUUGAGCUGCCCCCUACUCUGGCGUAUGCUGCCGCCAACCUUUGGAACUUUAGCUGCAAAGGAGACGACUUUUCCGUUGUGGAGGACCUCAGUACCCUGCUAUCCUUUACUGGAACCGAAUCUGAGUCCUGGUUUCUGCUCAUCAGUGUUGCCAUGGAGGCCAAGGCCUCCGCCAUCAUUCCCAUCAUGACACGCGCUAUUGAGGCCAUCAAGGUCCACGAUUAUCAGGUCAUCAUCAAGGCUCUUGAAGAGCUAAAGACGCACAUCGAAGAAGUUGGCGUACUCCUGGAGAGAAUGAAUGAGCGCUGCGAUCCCAUGACAUUCUAUUAUCAGAUUAGGCCAUUCCUUGCCGGCAGCAUGAACAUGGAGGCUGCUGGCCUGCCCAAGGGCGUCUUUUACGACGAAGGAAACGGUAGAGGCGAGUGGAGGAAGCUCAGGGGCGGAAGCAAUGGCCAGAGCUCACUCAUCAUGUUCUGGGACAUUGUCCUUGGCAUUGAGCACAAGGGCCACUCUGAUAGCAAAGGGAGCUUCCACGAAGAGGCCAGGGAUUACAUGCCAGGCCCUCAUGCGAGAUUCUUGGUGCACGUGGCUCGUCUGGGCAGCAUCCGCAAGCUUGCACUUGAUCUUGAGGAUCCCCUGCGGGAAGAAGAGCAGCUUCUGAGGGCGGCCUAUACGGCUGCGGUAGAUGCCUUUACCGCAUUCCGACAGAAGCACAUCAACAUUGUGACACGAUAUAUCCUCAUUCCCUCCAAGCAGCCGUGGACCGGAUCGACUCGCAAGAAUCUGGCUAGCUCCUCGACGGAAAAGAAAGGAGAGGGGCUGACUGGCACGGGAGGCUCCCAGCUCUUCCCGUUUCUGAAGCAAUCGAGAGAUGAGACGAGUGUUGCGGGCAAGCUUGAG